CUGUCAUUUAGAGUGAGUGGACAGGAUGGGGAAGACGCAGAGAGAGCUGGAAAACACGAAUUAAACGUAAUGAGAAGUAUUACAAAACAACUUUUAAAGUUGCCCAUGUUGUGUUUGCAGCUUACGACGGCAUUUGUUAGUAUCUAACAGAAAAACAGCAACUUUGGCAGUACGUGUUUUUUUUUUUCCCACUGCGAUAAGAAUUACAGUCACUUUGAGGAUGUCAGCCCCCAGCAACUCGCUUCAGCAGCCGAGGGUCAGACGCAGCAAUGCGGGCUCCCCCGGCUCCUUCAACAACAACAGCUGCCGUUUGCACCCCAUCCGUGCCACUGUGCCCUACCAGCUCCUUCGUGCGGGUCAGAGCAGUCCCACGCGGCCACAGACCCUGUGCGGAGGAGCCACGAGCCACAGCCGGGGCUCCAGCCCCCCCUCCAGUCCGACACUCAGUUCAGGAAGUGCAAAUGCUAAGCAAAGACUGUCCCCCGAAAAUAAGGAGUCGUCUUGCCCCCCAGACUCUCCAGUUUCCAGAGCAGAAAGAUCCAAAUUACAGGUGAGGAAUUCAAGUGCCAUUCGACGGGCUUCUUCCUUGGACGCCAUCACAGGGCCAUACCUCACUGGCCAGUGGCCUCGGGACUCCCAUGGACCCUACCCUUCUUGUAUGAAAGACAAAGCCACACAGACUCCGGGUCUCUGGAUCGAUGAUGGAGCAGAUCAGGGAAGUCCUCACCAGCGGUCAGCCUCCUGGGGUAGCGCAGACCAUCUCAAAGAGCAGAUUGCUAAACUGAGGCUACAGCUGCAGCGUGGCAAACAGGUCAACCGGCAGAGCAAAGACAGGGAGCAGAGCUCGCUGCAGCUCCCACAGCAGGCGCAGCAUGGCACUGCAUGCCAGCCACAGUAUAAGGCAACUUCAACUUCGACCACGAUGCCUGUGAUAAAAUCCCUCAUAUGCAGAGUGCCGAGCAGUGUGGAGGGCAUCAACCAUGAGCUAGAAAAUGUGUUUAUCAGAGAGGACUUGGAGCAGGGGAUACAGACAAUGGAUGUGGUAGAUGGCCGCCGUGCCCCCUUCCCUCCACAUCGUUACAGCAGCAGCGGGGACACACGUGACACAGACACACAGGCUCCUUCGAGUGGUGAAUCCAGCCCAUCGCCCCGUCCCUGCAGCUCUGAUCACCUGCACUCACCUGAUGGGAGCCCCUGUUAUGCAGAGGAAAUUGACAAAGACAAUUUGUGCAGUUCUCCUCUCCCCAAGUUUGCCACGUCGCCCAAACCUAACAACAGCUACAUGUUCAAACGGGAACCUCCAGAAGGCUGCGAGAAGGUCAAAGUCUUUGAUGAGCUGGUGUCUGGCAAGUCAAAGGGCUUCCCUCUGUUCUCGUGCCCUGACAAAAACAAGGUGAACUUCAUUCCCAGGGGCUCGGCCUUCUGCCCAGUUAAACUUUUCUGCUCCUCCCUUUUCUCCCCGGUCUCUCCUUCUUGCACGUCCAUCAACCCUGGUUUUCAUGGCAACAGCAGCUCUGGAUCACAGGUCACCCCGAGUAUGCCCACGGUACCACUAGCUACCUUUUCGUCCUCCACAGACAGAAGCACUGACUCGAGUGGUGGUGUAAACUCAGACAACAGCACAGUCAGUCAGAGCCCCGACGCGGAUGUGGGGAAAGACAGCUCAGCACAAGUACUCCUUACCAGCUAGUCCUCAGGUAUCCUCGACCAAACCAACUACAGCUAAAAUAUUGCAACUAGUCAGGUAUGGUCUAACAGAAUAAAAGGAAAAAAAAUUGCA